GGUUAGUAUGCUUUAUUAUGAAUGAUGUGUGUAAAAGUGAGUUUUUAUGUUGUUUAUUUGGAGGAAAUGGUUGGAAUAAAUUAAGUUAUUUUUAUUUCUGUUGGUUGGAGUUUUUAUUCAAAAGAUUUCGGUCUAUACCAUUGAUAUUUACUGAAAAUACCUUCGCUUGAAUAAAUUGCAGAUAUUUGGCAACUGAAGUGUUAGGUAAGCCUAAAUGAUAUGUAAAAAGCCACCAUGUUUGGUUACUCUUGGGCCGGGCUUGCUGACACGCUGUACGGUGGAGUCAACUUUGCUCUGCCGGGCAAUGGCGGUCAGGAGUGCUAUGACUUCCUGCCUCCUGUGGCACGGCUCAUCGAGACUGUGGUAGCGGUGGGCAUUAGCCUGCUCUACUUUGUCUGGGGUUAUUCCCAGGUUACCGUGCCACGAACCAGCACAUACAUCAGGAAGGACCGUGCCGGCCGGAGGAUUCUAUUGGUCAUCAUGUCGCUGAUGUUCGGCGCAGAGAUCGGCUUCAAGCUGGCCACGCGCCAGCUCAUCUAUAUCCUCAACCCGUGCCACGUGACCACCGCGUUUCAGAUUGUGUUGCUGACCAUCCCGCCGAGUAAAUACUCCACCAUCAUAUUUCGGAUCCACCUGAACUUCAUGAACGGCGCCGUCCUGGCACUGCUGUUCCCCGUCACCAACACACGCCUGCUGCCCUUUGAGGCGGAGCUCUACUGGAUUCAGCACAUCAUGAUGCUGGUCGUGCCGUACUACCUGCUCCGACUCGGUGGCGUCUACACGAUCGAGAAGCUGCACGACUUGACAUGGUCGGUGAUGUCGCUCGGCUUCUCCAUGCUCUAUCACUUCAUCGUCCUGCAGGGCAUCAGCGUGACGUUCAUGGUGAACCUGAACUGCAUGCUGUGUCCGGCCAUCUCGGAUCCCUUCUACGGGCCCUGGUACCGGGUGGCCGCCUUCAUACACCAGUCGCUCUUCAUUCCGCUCUGCGGGAAGACGUUCUGCGUCGUCGCCAGGUUCUUCCUCACACAGUUCAAGCCGACGGCGGUGAAGUCGCACCUGUGGAAGGAUGUGACUGAGGAGGCCAACCAGCGGAGUAAUCUGCCGCGAUGCGCCAGCUGUCAUCGACUCACCGACUGCUGCGGUAACCGGCGGCCGGCCGCGCCCUCCCCGCUGGCCGCCGCCGCCACUGCCCCCGCCCCGGCCGCGGCUGAGGGCGGCGCGGGGGACGGAACGCACUCCAAGUCUGACUGAGGACCGGCGGUCGGCUGGAUGGAAAGCGGAAAGGCCAGAACAAGAGGUCUGUCGGCAGGGAAAGGCGUCAGAAACGGUGAGCUGGCGGAUAGCCUCUCACCGGGUCCAGUUGGGAGGGAGCUGACGGUACCGACUGUAGAGGCUAAUCGUGACUGGAGGGGACGGUCUGACAGUGUUGGUCCGCUGCGUCUGACAAUUUAGUGCGGGCCGGUGGGUGGGUGGGUCUGUCGGUGGGUUGAUUCAGUCAGUGGAACGCUGCGCAUUGGAGAGAUUAGUGGCGCGGGACGGCAGGACCGUGGGCUAAUGUGACUGCAUGUUGGAAAACGUGAAAAGGUUAAAGUGUUGUGACGUGUAGUUGAGGGAAAAUCAGGCCAGUUGGGAUAUAUGAACGUCAAAGACAGACGGUAUCACAAAAUUUGAUGUGCAAUGCGGGUUACUAUCUUAGGAAUCUCGCCUCGUUGAUAUUUAGUGUGUUUUUCUUUCCAGAGGACGCUCUCGUAAUUGGGAGAAGUUUGAUUUAUUUGUUAAAACUUUGGAAAUGUGGCAGGUGCAAUCCGUCAGGCUGACCAAAGGAGAUCGCUUAUAUUUUAUCUACUUGGUACGGACAGGGAGCAGUAAGUUACAAGAAGUUUUUGUGCGCUUCUCUCCCCAAUUAUAUCUUUCGGGAUAAUUACAUCUUUCGCCGCACUGAUUAAGCUGAUUCGUAACUUACUGGCACACAGAACUUGGAGCUCAAUGAUCAAUCCACUUACGAACAUUGGAUUGCGUAUCAGGAGCAAUUCACGAAUCAGGGACGUACGUCGUCGGAUGAUCAGCUGAUUUUUUUUUUUAACAAUCGAGUGUUAAUUUCCUAGUGGUCAUUUGGACAACAUUCCAUAAAGGCGUUAUUUCAAGAACGUUAUGUGAUAUGAUUUGUAUGGUUAUUCGCCGAUUUUGUUUGCCACUGAUGCAAUUAAUGCUGGUAGCUCUGGCGAAAAUAUGCAACAUGCGGGGGAUAAAGUUCCUUAUGUGGAGUGCUGGGUCACUCUAUCGCACUAAAUCAAACCACCCUUUUCUCCAUAAUCCUUAUCCGCGCAUUAGCAAUGGGCGCUGAAUGUGUUUUCAGCCAAUUCAGCCGAAAAUUGAACCGUUUUGGUUGUUCACCAAUCAAUUAAAUAUCAAUGUAAUUUAGCACAUAGGUACUCAUUUAAGCCGAUUUUUUUCGUUACCCACGUUUCUACUCUUUGCACCUCUGACACGUGUGCGUUGACCGCUCCUGUCCUGCACUGGCUCCUAUAUAGGUCCUAAUAACUGGUCCGGUGUUCGCUGUGCCUCGCACCGGUGCGUUUGAUUUACAUCACAGGCAGGGUAUUAGUGGGUACAAGGAUGGUGACGUCUGAACAAGUGUGCGCGUAUCUAGCUGCUCAGGAAUACGUCUUAGUGUAAAAUGCCAUAGGAUUAUUUUCGGCGAGAUUUAUCUUUACUUAAUGCGAUUUGUUAAUUUCUAUGCGAUUCCCGAUGAUUUCUUCAAAUGAAGCGAGUUUAGGAAAAGUGUUAGAAAUAAUACAAAUGAUACCAACUCAGAAUUUAGGUCAACGCCUUGACGCAUGAGAUGGAGUUAUUGGGGGGAGGGGGUAGCAUGGACAAAAAUUGUGUGUGAUUGGUGGGGGGAUACUGAUAAAUAUUUGACUCUGGUAAACACAUCUGCAGCUAGUCGACUGAUUCGUCAGUACGCGGGACCGCUGAUAUAAUGAUCGGAGCGUGGCAUGUUGGCUCUGUAUCAACACAUGACUAUUCACGUAUUUAGCACCCGCGAUGUAUUGUGACAAUCCACCGUCAAUGUGUGUGUUUCGUCUGAAUAUGACAGUGGAACAGACCACGCGCAACUCGUGAGUGCAUUGUGUGAGUGUAUCAGACUAUUGUAUCGUUAUGUUAUCGUCUGUGCCGUACGGCUUACGGGAUGGGUGCUGAUUGCUGAACCGUUCCUCCGGCAAGCCCAGUGUGUCCUAUCAUUUAUGUUAUUUGUGUUUGACUGUGAGUGUUCCAUCGGUCGUUAGCCGUUUUGUUAUUGCAUGACUCAUUUAUGCGCCGGCAUGUGGUAAUCAAUAAACUCAGCUCAUCGUGCAAUA